ACGUAGAGCCAUCUCGCCUCUCCAGUCGGAUUUGUUUACGGUGGACACCAGAGGAACAGCUGUUGUGAACAGCUGACAGCUUCGCUUAGCUAGCCGACAUCCUGGCGAACACAACACUAAUCAUUUGAUGUUUCAAUCUGGUCUAUUUUACCAGUGGACUGAGGUGAAAUCACUACCAUGGAGCCUGCCUGUCGCAAAGACAAGCCGAAGCUGAACUCCACUCCGACCAGAGGCGACCGAGCCAAGCAGAAAUCUGCCCAGCAGGAGCUCAAACAGCGACAGAGGGCAGAGAUCUAUGCCUUGAACAAGGUGAUGACCGAGUUGGAGCAGCAGCAGUUUGAGGCCUUUUGUAAACAGAUGCAGUCACAAGGAGACUGAGAGUCCGUCCCGUCUGGCCCGGACCGGGACCUGGCGCUCCUCAGGACACGUCUCCGAUCCAACCCACCCCGCCCCUCUAAACGAAACCAGAAUCUUUGCUUCAUACACAGCGGGAACCUCUGUGAUGCCUUCACCCUCCCUUAAUAGACUGAAAUACAAUGAAAAUAGUUGUUUUCAUGCACUCCUCUCUGAGGCAGACAAUCACCACCAAAAGUCUCACUCUGUCCCUGAUGUUGUGCUGACUGAACACCCUGAGUCUGAACGAUGGACUGAAUGUACCAGAAAGUAUUGUCAUGAUAAGCCAUAUGACUGUUAACAAGGUAUUAUGGGUAAUGUGUGUGAAUAUGAUCAAGAAAAGGACGCAAAGUUGCACACUUCCUGCAAAAGACACAUCGUGUUACUGUCACGUACUCGCUUAUCCACUUUGAUUUUUUUUUUUUAACCUUUAUUUAACGAUGGUCACUGAGCGUGCAUUCUGUUUUUCAACGCCAUCCCAUUUAACAUGAAUAGUCACACAUUCACACUUUAAGCUUUUCAUGGUUGGUGUCAUUUUGAAUUCUCCCCCUUUAAAAUAGGCAACACUCUAAAUAAGUCAGUGUUUAUGGUGCUCCCAGUGAACACUACCUUGUGAAGGACGUACACAAUGUCACAUGGCCUUCUACACUAAAUAUUGUAUUUUAUUGUUACAGCCUAAGUUUUCCUGUGUAAACUGCUCAUAUUUAUGUCUAACAGCUGUUACAACUGUGAUAGGUCAUUCCAUUUCACUUGAAUUGCACCAUUUUGAUUUUAGUAAAGUUAUUUGUAAUUUAUAAA